AUGGUUCUCGACAUUGAUUUGUUCCGUACGGAAAAAGGUAAACCGAUAUCUUAUCGUUAAAAUCUGUAUAUUCGAACUUUUCAGGCGGAAACCCGGAGUUGAUCCGUGACUCGCAAAGGAAACGGUACAAGGACCCGAAGCUGGUCGAUGAGGUUAUCGAACUCGACGAGAAGUGGCGGAAGGAGAAGUUCACCGCCGAUCAGCUGAAUCGUCAGAAAAACGCCAUUUCCAAGGCGAUCGGGGAGAAAAUGAAGGUAAUUUCCGCAAAAAAAAACGCGUUAAAAACUGCAUUUUCUGCAGAAAAAAGAGGCUCAAGGCACCGACGACACGGUCUCCGGCGACAUUGUCGCUCGUCUGGCUGAUCUGAAGCUCGACGAGCUCUCCAAACUGACUGUUGUUCAACUGAAAAAGUUGCGCGUGCUCGUCGACGAGCAAUCCGUCCUUACCGCGGCUGCCGCGAUCGCCCAGGAGAACGCACGUCAGGAGAAGCUCGUGCAGAUCGGAAAUCUGAUCCACGAGUCGGUGGUGGUGUCCGACAACGAGGACAACAACAAAGUCGAGCGAACGUUCGGCGAUUUGAGCACGAAGAAAAAGUAUUCGCACGUGGAUCUCGUGGUGAUGGUCGACGGAUUCGACGGGGAACGCGGUACCGUGGUGGCCGGAGGACGUGGAUAUUUUCUGAAGGGACCUCUCGUUUUUCUGGAGCAAGCCAUUAUCCAACUUGCUCUUCAGCGCCUUAACCUCAAGGGAUACACCCCACUGUACACCCCGUUCUUCAUGCGAAAGGAGGUGAUGCAGGAGGUCGCGCAGCUCAGUCAAUUCGACGAGGAGCUCUACAAAGUCAGUUCGAAGGGCUCGGAAAUCGCCGGCGACACGUCCGUCGACGAGAAGUACCUGAUCGCCACGUCGGAGCAGCCGAUUGCCGCCUAUCACCGCAACGAGUGGAUCAAGGAGACCGAGUUGCCGAUCAAGUACGCCGGCGUCUCAACAUGCUUCCGUCAGGAGGUCGGCUCGCACGGACGCGACACGCGCGGCAUCUUCCGCGUUCACCAGUUCGAGAAGAUCGAGCAGUUCGUUCUGUGCAGCCCCAAUGACAACGAGUCGUGGACGUUGUUCGACGAGAUGAUCGGCAACGCGGAGAGCUACUACCAGGAGCUCCAGAUCCCCUACCACGUCGUCAACAUCGUCUCCGGAGAGCUCAACAACGCGGCGGCGAAGAAGUUCGAUUUGGAAGCGUGGUUCCCGGGGUCGGGCGCGUUCCGUGAGCUCGUCUCCUGCUCCAACUGCCUCGAUUAUCAGGCGAGACGACUCAAGGUCCGAUACGGACAAACGAAGAAGCUGAGCGGAGAGGUUCCAUUCGUGCACAUGCUCAACGCGACCAUGUGCGCCACCACACGCGUCAUUUGCGCCAUUCUCGAGAACAAUCAGACCGAGGAGGGAAUUAAUGUGCCGGUGGUGAGCCCGAAUCUCUUUUCCUGCUCUUUUCACCUACUUGUUUUGUUUUCAGGCCAUUCAACAAUGGAUGCCCGAGAAGUUCCGCACGUUCAUUCCGUUCGUCAAGCCCGCUCCGAUCGAUGAGGACGCGAAAAAGGCGGCCGGACAGAAGAAAUGA